AUGUCGGACAAGAAGAACGACGAAUACGUCGUCCAGAUGCCCAAGAGCAGCCCGGCUUAUGGCGGCGAGAAGGACUCCUUCCUCGGACGAGGCCCGUCGCACCGUCAUGGUGGCCAGGCCAGCGCCCUCGCAUCCAAGAUCGAACACAGCCCUCCUCUAUCCAUCCUCGCCUACUGUGUCGCAUCCAUCAGUAUGACGGUUGUGAACAAAUAUGUCGUGUCGGGGAGCGACUGGAACCUGAACUUCUUCUACCUGGCUAUCCAGAACGCUGUGUGCACCCUUGCCAUCUUGCUCUGCAAGCAGGCCGGCCUGAUUAAGGGUCUUUCACCUUUCGACAUUGACAAGGCCAGGAAAUGGUUUCCCAUCUCGCUUCUCCUUGUCGGCAUGAUCUAUACCGGCACCAAGGCCUUGCAGUUCCUCUCGGUCCCUGUCUACACGAUCUUCAAGAACCUGACCAUCAUCGUGAUCGCCUACGGCGAGGUUCUCUGGUUCGGCGGCAGCGUCACUCCCCUGACCCUGCUGUCCUUCGCCCUUAUGGUUCUCAGUUCUGUUGUGGCAGCCUGGGCUGAUAUCCAGGCGGCCAUCAACAGCUCUGGCCUGGCGACCGACACCACUGCCGCCAUCUCGACUCUCAACGCCGGUUACGCCUGGAUGGGUAUCAAUGUGUUCUGCUCGGCCACCUACCUCUUGGGUAUGCGCAAGAUCAUCAAGAAGAUGAACUUCAAGGACUGGGACACCAUGUUCUACAACAACUCCCUCACGAUCCCCGUCCUCGCUAUCUGCACUCUGCUCUUCGAGGAUUGGUCGCACGCGAACCUGGUCAGGAACUUCCCUCCCGAGACCCGCAACAACCUGAUGAUCGGAAUGGUCUACUCUGGCCUGGGUGCUAUCCUGAUCUCGUACUGCUCUGCCUGGUGCAUUCGAGUCACCUCGUCGACUACCUACUCCAUGGUCGGUGCCCUCAACAAGCUCCCCAUUGCCCUCAGCGGCCUCAUCUUCUUUGACGCCGCUGUGACUUUUGGCAGUGUGUCUGCUAUCAUCAUUGGCUUUGUCAGUGGUAUCGUCUAUGCCUGGGCCAAGGUCCGACAGACGGAGCAGAACAGGAACAGCUUGCCUACGCAGCAGCCUGUUAUGAGCGCUAGCUCGCAGAGCAACAAGGAUGCCAGCAACUCAUAG